AUGUCGGAGGGGCGGCCGCUGCGGCUGCUGGGGCUGCACGGCUACCGGCAGAGCGAGCGCCGCUUCCGUCAGCGCACCGGUGCGCUGCGCAAGGCCCUGCGUGGCCGCGCAGAGCUGGUAGCCGUCAGCGCGCCGCACCCCGUGCCCGGCGGCGGUGAGGACGACGACGGGGACGACCCUCCCCGCGGCUGGUGGUUCUCCGGGCCCGGCACAUUUGAGGCGGGGGAGGUGGCGGCAGCGCCGGCGGGGCUGGAGGAGUCGCUGUCGGCCGUGGCAGCGGCACUGGCAGAGCACGGGCCCUUUGACGGGCUGCUGGGCUUCAGCCAGGGCGCAGCGCUGGCCGCCAUGGUGUGCGCCCUGCGGGCCCGCGGCGACUCCCGCUUCCCCGUGGCCUUCGCCAUCCUGGUGGCUGGUUUCGCCAGCCGCGCCCCAGCACACGGUCACUUCUACCGAGAGCCCAUCGCCCUGCCCACACUGCACGUCGUGGGCGAUGCUGACGCCGUCAUCGCCGCCCCUCUCAGCAGGGAGCUGGCCCAGCACUUCGUGGAGCCUGUUGUCCUCACCCACCCCGGCGGGCACUUCGUCCCUGCGGCUGCACCACAGAAGAAGGCCUACCUAGACUUCUUGGACCGCUUCCGCCCCAGACAGGGACAGGCUGAACCCCCAGGGGCUGGGACUGUUUGGUAACAGUCUCUGUAAUAAAUGGGGCUCCAGCGAGCCACGUGCAGCCUGCCAUCUUGGUGAAAAAUCACUGUGUUUCCAUGCCCUCCAGAGAGGCCAAAGAGUCCUCAUCAGCUCACUGUACUGCUCUGCACUGUUAAGGCCAGCCUAAAUGGUUCUUUGUUAUCUCCCAUUUUUUUGCAACUUCGUUGUACACAUGACUGUGUGGGUGUGAUGGUGAGGGGUUUGAGGACAGGAGGGUGAUACUGCUCUGUAUGUGUGAGGUGCUUUCAGAGGCUUGAAUAGCUGUUCAAAAUUGGGGUCCCUCAGCUCAGCCACAGGAAUUGUCUGCAGAACACACAGCUCCGGCAGCUGUUAGACCCCAAAGAUCGGUGGUUUUAAUAUUCGUGGUGAAAGCUAUUAAACCAAAGUUCCAGCAGGUCUGGGUCUAGAAAAUCCUGUUGUCUCUCUGGUAGUGCCAGGGCUGGUGUUCGUUUCAGAAAUUAAAUG